AUGCUGAACGUAUCCUCCAUGAAUGUACCAGGGGAUUCUCCAGUUACUGGUGGUCAGAAGACUCUAGGUCUCACCUCGGCAAUAAGUUUGGCUGGCCCCAAACCAACAGAUCUGCAGCGGACCAAAGAGCUGGAGGACAUAUUACGGGAAUAUGACGUGUAUGAAAGCGAAGAAGAAUUGGCCCAAAGGUUGGAGGUGUUGAGCAGUGUGAAUGCUCUAGUCAAAGAAUGGAUCAGGGAUGUGAGCCUGAGGAAGAACAUGCCUCCAAGUGUUGCAGAGACAAUGGGAGGGAAGAUCUAUACAUUUGGUUCCUACAGGCUAGGGGUGCAUACCAAAGGAGCUGACAUUGAUACAUUGUGUGUUGCUCCACGCCAUGUGGACCGGUCCGACUUUUUUGGUUCAUUUUUUGAGAUGCUGAAGGAGAAGCCUCAGGCUACUGAUCUCAGAGCUGUUGAAGAUGCCUAUGUACCUGUGAUCAAGAUGAAAUGGGAGGGGAUCGAACUUGACAUGCUAUUUGCACGACUAGCUUUGAAGGAGAUAAGCGAUGCUCAGGAUUUGAGAGAAGACAAUCUUCUGAAAAACCUGGACCCUAAGUGUGUGAGAAGCUUGAAUGGGUGCCGUGUGACUGAUGAGAUUCUCCGCCUGGUUCCAAACCCUGAGAGCUUCAGAUUGGCAUUAAGAGCCAUUAGACUCUGGGCAAAACGUCAUGGGAUAUAUAGCAAUGUACUUGGCUACCUUGGUGGAGUUUCGUGGGCUAUGUUGGUGGCACGUACCUGUCAGCUGUAUCCAAAUGCUGCAGCUGCCACCUUGGUCCACAAAUUCUUCUUGGUUUUCUCCAAGUGGGAGUGGCCACAGCCAGUCCUUUUGAAACAGCCAGAAAACUGCAACCUUGGCUUCCCUGUCUGGGACCCACGGGUGAAUGUAUCAGAUCGGUAUCACCUGAUGCCUAUCAUCACCCCAGCAUAUCCACAACAGAAUUCCACUUUCAAUGUGUCCCUGCCUACACGUGCCAUCAUGCAAGAAGAAUUCAAGAAGGGCUUGGAGAUCACAGAUGAGAUCAUGCUUGGCAAAACAAUCUGGCACAAGCUCUUUGAACCCCCAAACUUCUUUGGCAAGUACAAACACUUCAUAGUGCUAAUAGCAUCAGCAGCCACUGCAGAGGACCAAUUGGAGUGGUAUGGUCUUGUUGAGUCCAAAAUUAGGCAUCUUAUUAUGAUUCUGGAAAGGAACCCUCACAUUGAGAGGGUGCAUGCAAACCCAGAGAGCUUCCCACCUUUGGAUCCCAAAGAGGAGAAACUGAAGUGCAUGUGGUUCAUAGGACUUGGAUUCGCUAAGACUGACAACCUCAACAUUGACCUGACUUUUGACAUUCGGAGCUUCACUGAUGCUGUGAUGAUGCCUGCUGUCUCCACAAAUGUAUGGAAAGAGGGCAUGAACAUCGAUGCCAAAUAUGUGAAGAGAAAACAACUAAACCAGUAUCUAUCUUCAGACAUCCUUAACAAACACAAGAGAAUGUCAUCUCAAGGCGUAGUCAGCUCAACAGGAACUGGGGCUGUAGGAAUUCCCACUGCAAAUGGGGCUUUUGUCUCACCCAUUGGGGUGCAAAGUGAUGUCACAUUGUUACAUGUCUCUAAAAAGAGGCCUUUUAUCCCCACCGCAUCUGAUCCAUGGAACAAGAAGGUUCGAAUGAAGGAUCAGCCCACGCUCUCUGGGUCACCUGACCUCUUCUCCUUAUCACCACAUAGCGAGGACUCAAAUAGUGGGAAUGUGGAUGACUCAAGUUCUGGAAUGUCAGUGGAUUCCAUUCCAGUUGGGCCAGGUAGUACACCCAUGAGCUCUGAAGAUAUGGAACUUCAGCCUCCCUCAUCCCAGCAACAACAGCCACCUCCAGCCCAACUUUCGACAUUGAGGCUCCCUGAAACGGGGGAAAAGCCUCCCUCAUUCCCUUCUCCCUCCCACUCCCCUUCACCCAACCCUUGUCCACCUAUCAGAGAGCAGCGUCGUUUGCCCAGCGAGGAGCUCCAAGACAUUCGCACUCCAGACCCCACACAACUCUUCUUCCCUCCUGGUUCCAUCAAGUUGACACUCCUCAAAUGAUUCUUUUUGCUCACACUUUUUUUUGUUUCUCUCCGUCUUUUCUCUUUUUCACGGUUCCGAUUUGAAUAUGUUUUCGGUUGCAAACCUCAGUGACAGUGAUUGCCUGAAUCUAGUGUGUUCGGCAGAGCGGGGAUGCAUUUUCUGUUUCUUGUGAUACUUGCCUCGUAGUGUGUCUCCUCCCUUUACUCUUUUUUUUUUCUACUCCGCGUGCCAUCUACUUUGGUGGAUGAUUCUGCCGAGGAAAGAGGGCAGGCCAUUCCAGGGUUCAAAUUUCCCCCCCACGUUACAAGUUGCCCUCUCGUAAAGGGCAUCUGUGCAAAAUCCAAGCAAAAACCGGGCCUGAUCUCAUCCGAUGCUACUGCGUGCUGAGUAAGUUCGCCGCUCUCGUGGAGUGUCUGGAACGUCUGGCGUCUUCCACGAUUCGACACCGGUCCCAAGAAACGGAAGCUUCGCUUUUGCACGGACGAUUCUAACGAGUUCCAUGUUUAUUUGGUGUCAUUUAAAAAGAGAGAGAUCGUCUGAUCUGUACCGAGAAUUUUUUCUGUGACCUGUGGAAGGAAGAGGAAUAAAAAGAGGUGAAUCCGAGGUGCCGAACAUGGUGUGCAUUCCAGGGCAGUCGAUGUUGCAGCGAGACGAAGAAACGCUGGAGUCCCAGAGGGAAUACGACCGAUGCCGUUGCUGUUUCCUCAAUGCACUUGGGAGUGGGGAAUUGUGCUACUCGAAUUCAGUCGUCGAUCCAGCUUGUUUUUUUUUUGUACAUAACAAAUUUGUGCGGUUGGAGUAUUUUUUUUUGUUUGUGGAUCCAGUUUGUCGAUCGGUUGUCUUUGUCUUGCUGGAGGAGCGUAUUCCGAAUAAAGCCGAAACUAGUA